AUGAAGCUGUAAUCUUAACCAUCAUCUCCACAUAAACUUACUAGGAUUAAUGAUUUAAAAAAACAAGUGGAAAACUAUUUAGAUAUGUUAGAAUCUAAAGUAACAAUGGUAAAAGAGAAAGCGCUAUCUGAGUCAUCAUAGCAUAUAACGGAGGACUUGAAAUAUUUAGAGGAGAAAAGCGUAGAGAUGGAGAGAUACUAUAAAGAUAACAAACGAAUUCAAAAUAUGGAGUAAUAAUUAGAAUGGUUCAGAGAAGAAAGUGUUAAGCUAUAUACAAAAAUAGAGGUAAAAAACAAAGAUAUCUUUGAAUUGAAAAUUAGAUUACAAGAAGUUUAAAAAGAAAACGAGUUCCUUGAAGUAUAAAUUAAGUAAUUGAUGCGAAGGAAUAAGAAAUAUGAAGUUAUUAGACACGCAACAAGUGUGGCAACAGAAUAAAUAAAAGAACAAUAAUUAUUCUGCACUUAACCAAAACCUAAAAGAAUUAUGUCAGGUUAUGCAUAACCAAAACAUAUUAAAUAAUUGCAAGAUAUCUUUGAGAGGAUACCAAAUGAUGAUCAAAAUUAAAUAAUAAAUGAAGUUGCUCAACCAAGUAGAUACAAUUAUUACGCUUCAGAAUUAGUGGUAUUAUUACGACUAUAGAAAAUGAAUUAGCCAAUUUGUCAAUCAACAAAGGCAUUUGCAACUAGAAGCGAGUAUGAGGAAUUCUUUAUUGAUUGUGUUGAGGUAAUGAAUAGUAAGUAAAAAGUAAGUUCGUAAAGAUAUUGUGCGUCGCCGUCAAAUGUUCAGUAGAUAAUAGGUUAUCUGAUUUAAUGUUUUUUAGAAAAAAGAUAAAUUAAAAGUACUAGAACUUGUUUUAAUGAAUGA